GUGGAGCAGGUUGUUUGAUUCAUGAUGGCGUCAAUGGGGAGAUUGAUUUGUAAUAAGGGAAAAGGGGAAUAAUCCUUGUGAACCAGAUACAGGACUGAAAACGCAGCUUCAGAAGUAUUUUACUUUGCUUUCUUUGCUCUGAUUUUUAACUGUUGUAACACACUGCAGACAUCAGCAUGAAGGACGUUGAGUUAAGAGGCAUGUUCUCAGCACACAUAAUUCUCAUCCUGUCGGUUCUCUUUGCUACUUUUGUACCUUCCUUAUUUUUGGAUAACUUUUCUGUGAUUGAAACGCACCUGGUGUGGCUGUACAUUUGUUCAGCUUCUGUGGCGGUUGUUAGCGUUGUUUUGCAUUCACUACUGGAAACGAACACUCUAUCGAACAAAAAGAAUUCCUUCAGUAAUAAGAUCUCAAAGACUAUCAAGUCCUGUUUGUUAUUCUUGACUUCCUGUUUAAUGUUUCAUGGAGUAAUUGUAUUAUAUGGAGCACCACUACUAGUGUCCUUCAAGGAAACCUUUUCAUUCGCUGUUCUACUGUCUACCUUCACAACAUUUCGAUGCCUGUGUAUGCGGGGUCCCAGUGUGCAAGCAUGGAUACGUGUCUUUAGCAAAAAUGGGGCAACAUCGAUCUGGGAUACUAGUCUGCAGAUCACCACAAUUUCCAGUUUGUUUGGAGCUUGGCUAGGAGCAUUUCCUAUCCCACUGGACUGGGACAGGCCCUGGCAGGUGUGGCCAAUUUCCUGUACACUUGGAGCAACACUUGGAUUCACUAUCAGUCUUGUCAUCGCGCCUUUAUGGAUAUACUGGAACAGGAAGCACCUCACAUACAAAUGCAGAUGAUUUCAGCAGUUGGUGAUAGUGCU